AUGUGCCAUGCCGGCUCCAACUAUGACACCAAACGACGCCGAUCCUGCCGUUGCCGCAAGUUGGCUCAGACCAAUGUGGAUAGUUUUGUUUCCAGACAAGACACCGACGUCUUCGGGGCAUCUAGGUUUCACGACGCCCCAGAAGAAGGCUUGAGCAUGCUGUUCUUUUCCUUCUUCAGAACUUUGGUCGACAGAAAUGUGCAGGUGACAGUGGAGUUGAAGAACGACCUGUGCAUCACAGGAACGUUGCAGUCUGCCGACCAGUUCCUCAACCUGAAGCUUGCCAAUGUCAGCGUGAACGACCCAGAUCGAUAUCCGCACCUCUUGUCGGUCAAGAAUUGCUUUAUUCGAGGAUCUGUAGUUCGAUAUGUGCACCUCCCUGGACAUGAGGUAGACACAGAAUCACUUCAAGAUAGCUGUCGCCGAGAGGCAAAGCAGGCUCAGCUCAGCGAUGGUUUCAUGCGUUGGUUCCGGUGGGUGGAAAGUUGUGAGGGGAGCAAAGAUCCGGGAGUCGCGAGUCGUGCCAUGAUAGCUGUCGAUGUGUGGAAAAAUGUGCCUUUCUCCCUCAUCAGCUCCAACGGCCCGUUAUCUCCCUGCGUACAUAACGGAGCACUUGGAGUGUCGAAGCAGAAGCGUCAGCCACCGCAGGUCAGCCAGGAUGAAAGCAAAGCUGAAGGGACAGCGACACCACCGUGGUAUGAACGACUGAAUGAUGCCGAAAGCCGUCAAGAGGUCAAGCAAGAGACCCGGCGUAAGGAGGAAACUCAUGUCGCAGUUCAGGAAAGACGUAGACAUCUUUGGCAGCAAGAGAAGCAGAGAAAAGCAGAUGAGGAGAGGAGGCAGCGCGACGAGGAACGUCAGGCACGCCUGGCCGAUGCGGAGCGUGCAAGGCUGCGCAUUGUUCAGAAGCUGCAGAAGGAAAGAGAGGAACCAAUAGGGGAUGCGGAUGAUCGUGUAUUUUGCGCCUCUGUGUGCGGACGUACCUUCCUCGUGCUGGUGGAGGAAGAGCAGCUGCGACAGCUCGAGGUGCUCCUCAUGGGAAAGGAAGAUGAGGUCUCCACAAGAGCAAACACCAUCUGGCGCCAGCGUGAAGAAGUUGCCAGAAGGCAGAGGGACGAGGAGGAGCGGGAACGUCUGGAGGAGGAGCGACAACGUGCAGACCAGAAGCUGCAGAAGGAGCGGGCAGCAAGGCCGCGCAUCGCCUUUGGGGUUGCCAGACAGGAGCCCAAGGUCUUGGCGAAUUUGGCGAGCCCUCCGCAAGCCAAGAUUGCCACCAGUCCCUACAACGCUACGACCGCUAAGGCUGGCGCUCCAGAGAGCGUGCAGCCAGAGAGGCCCACUUGGGACUCCUGGGAUUGGCAGGAUCCGCAUCGGCAAGCUCCCACGCCAGCGCCUGGAAGGCCUUCAAGCAUUCCCACCAAGCCGGUUGAAGCAUCGAAGCCUUCAGGCUGUACUGGAUCAACAUCGAAGCCUCCACCACCGUCCAGCACAGCAAUUUUGUCAGCAGAACAGUGGUAUUUGCUGCAAAUUCGAGCUGUUUACCAGCAGCACAAUCCUGAGAAGCUGGCAGAUGUCCCACACUUGAUGCAGAAGUACUCUGGCAGUGAAGAAGAAAUGUACGAAAGGAUUUGCGAGAAGUACGGUGUGACCCCAAUGGCCCGCCCACCAGGGCUGAAGUCCGAGCUACAUAUGCCACAGCCGAAGGCAGUUGGCUAUGCCAAGAAAGCCAGUGCUCCGGCGCCGCCAAGCACCAAAGAGGCUUCCACAGAUGCCCCGUCGGCUUCAUCACUGCUUGCCAGGUUCCAAAAUCUGGUUGGCAACGAGAUGGACGCAGGUGGCGAGGACAUUGAGUACAACAGCGAGCCAAGGUGGUCUCCUGGCAAAGAGUCUUCCGGAGGCAGGAAGCGCGCCGCUUUUUCGCCUUCAGUGCCAAUUGGAGCACGGAGAACAGGGAUAAGAUCAACCGAUUCCUUUCCCUCGGGGCACGUUGACGAACACCGUCGGGUGCCAUCUUCCAGAGCUGUUCCAACAAGGAGUUCCGACCAUGUGGGAAGGAGGGGACCUUCUGCAUCAAACCAGGGCCUUCCUAUCGGAGCGCGCCUUCGUGGCGCUGGCACUUCCCAGGAGUUUCCCGCAACCCAGCCCGUUUUCCGAGAGCGGCGUGCCCGCAGCAGGAGCCGUACCUACAGUCACCGCGGCCGAGAGUCUGCUCCAGGUGUGGCCGAGCAUCUCUCCGCCAGACACUCCACCAGACAGGCACGUGCAAGUUCGCCCAGGAACUCUGCAACGCGACAAGUUGGGAGGAGUGGGCGAGCUGCGUGGCAAAAUUGUCAUGUUACCUCAAGCUGA